ACUGAGUCAAGUAAAUCAGUCAUUAACAACCCGACUGAGCUGAACUCAACAUUCCAUUGCCUUGUCCUAAUCUCGAAAAAUUAAAUCAAAAACUUAUUUAGAAAAUAUGGCCACAGUUUCGAACUUAUUUCCAACCUCAGCUCGGGUGUCGGAGGUGAACCAGGAUAAUGCCAGAGUCUGCAUUCGCAAGGAGUUCAAGCAAUUGAUCCUUUGGCACAAUUGGCGCAGGUCGCUCCUGACAUUCGUAAUCCUUCAGGCUUUGAUCUACGAUUUCACCCACAAGUCGGCGAUCAGUGUGUUGAGUGUUUCCGGCCAGAUAGUCUUGUGGAUUUCGUUGGGAUACCGCAUCUACGUGCGGUGCCUGCAGUGCCUGAAUAGGACACAGAUUCGGGGAAAUCCCUUCCAGAAGUACUUGGACGUGGAUAUUAGCAUUACACCGGAGCAGUCUCAGCAGCUUUCUCAAUUUAUUUCGACCAAGAUCAAUGGAUUUUGUAUCAGUCUAAGAUCAAUAGCUCUCAUGGAGUCGCCGUUCGAAACGAUCAAGUGGUUGGCCAUAAUGGCUGCAAUAAGUCUUGUGGGACAUUUUUUCUAUAUCUCCACUCUCUUCCGAUUGGCUCUGGUGUUGCUCUUCACUAUGCCUAAGUUGUAUAAGUGGAAGCAACCGCUUAUCGAUGAGCGUCUGAAGCGGCUGCAACAAAUUUUUAACUGUUUUUACAUCGGUAACCCAAAAAAUUGCAAAAUAUUGGAAAAUCUGGACAACUUGGAAACUAUGCAAGAGUGCGACAAGAAGAUUGAUCAACCGAUUAUAACUAAGAACGAGGAUCCUAGUCUCCUCUCGGAUUCAGAAAUCACUGAGGAACAAUGUGCCGGUGGCGAUGAUAUAAAAAACAUUAAAACAGAAGUGGAAUCACUUAAUGAGUUCGAACAAGAGGAAGAUACCGCCGAAUAUUUAAUCAGAAAAAAUCUAUAGGUUUUUCCACGUCUUACUACAUAAAUAUAACAACUUCAAUGACGGGAAUAUGAUGCUUGUUGAUUUACAAUCAAAUUUUAAAUUAAUAAAGCUAUCAUUUUGCAUCUGUGUGAAUAA